UCUGGAAAUUCCAUUAUUACUCACACGCCUCACACGUGGUGUCAUUGUGGGAGAUGGAUCCAGCUACAGUCUUGGCAAUGUUUAGGGAGCAGGAGGAGAAACGAGAGGAGAGGGAGAUACGGCGCCAGGAACAGCUCGCCCAGUUCUUUGGACAGCUGGUGGAGAAAAUGUCGACACCAGCAUCGGAAACAGCGGUUGCCCGGAUGUUUGCAACACAACCGAAGUUACAAAAGAUGACUCCGGAAGAUGAUCCCGAGGCUUUUCUGGUCACCUUUGAGAGAGUGGCAGAAGCAGCAGGGUGGCCCAAGGAACACUGGGCCAUGAAACUGGCACCUUGCUUGACAGGGGAAGCUCAAGCAGCGUAUAGGGCAUUAAUGGCCACAGAGGCAGCGGAUUAUGCCAAAGUAAAAGAAGCUAUUCUCUCACGCCUCGGGAUCACAGAAGAAACAUACCGGCGCCGCUUCCGGGAAUACCAGCUGUCCGAGGGGGUGCGGCCCCGGGUUGCGGGACAGUAUCUCCUGGAUCAAUGCACCCGGUGGCUGCAACCAGAAGAACACACCCCCCAAGAACUGGUGCAGAAGAUCGCGAUAGAACAGUUCGCGUCUAUACUACCGCCAGGAAACCGGGAGUGGGUUAAACGGAAUCAACCUACCACUCUCGAGAAAGCCAUCAUCCUGGCGGAGGCAUAUGAAGACGCGAACGAAGGCGCCGUCCCUGACCCCACUCCUGCCCCUAAGCCAACCCGGACCAACCAAUCAAUGAAGCCCAGAGGGGGUAACCAGACCUUUAGACCAUGGAGGCCGAGGUUAGCCCCAUCUUGGGCGAGAGGAAAACCCCCUAACCUGUCGGUCACUGACUCACAGGACAAACAAACUCCGUUGGUGCCUUCUACCCCAGUGUGUUACAGGUGUAAUGAGCCCGGACAUAUUGCCAGGGAUUGUCCGAUGAUGGAGGUGGACCUGGCAAAAAGAUCCUGGUCAGCGGUAACAGCACAUCACGAAGAGGACUAGGAAGCUUCCGAUCCUUUCGUUUUGUUUCUCCAGCACGCCCUCCCUCACAUCCUUCUUUUGUUUGUUUU